AUCCUCCCCAAGUUCACACAUUGAACAUCCGCAAGCCAAAGUGAAAGUACAAGCAAGAAAAAGACUUUGAUCCCCGCGGACUAAAGCGCAGUCAGCACACCAGCACCGAUCACUGGGUUUACACGACAAAUAUGGGAAGCAAGUUUUCAAAGGAUGGCUGUUUUCACUAUCCAACCAUGGAUGAGCGGAAUCUGGACACUCUGAGGGAGAUCUUGCGUAACUACAACCCUCCUGAGGGCUGUGGAGGCUGUAUAAACAUCCUGCUCUUCGGCAUGGUGGGGGCUGGGAAAUCAUCGACCAUCAACACAUUCCUCUCGGUUCUGGAUCCACAAGGAGUGACCGUGACCUGUGUCCCAACGGGGAUGAAUCCCCAGUCUCUCACAAAAGAGUUCAGGUCCUACAAAGCAGGGAGUUUAAAGUUUUGGGAUUCAGCAGGAUGGAAUGCUCUGGUGAACACUGAUCGGACAAAGAGAGUGUUAAAGAUGAUCCUGGAAGGGAGAGUUCCCAAAGGAACAAAUUUACACAGUUUCAAUCCUGACUCGGAUGUUGCCAACUAUCCUGUUAUUCCGGAAAAUAUAAUUCACGGAGUCGCAUUCAUAUGUGACAUUGACACCUUAGACUUGAUCAAUGACGAUAAAAUGAAAGUGUUUCAGGAGUUACAGAUGAUUGUGGCACAGAAAUAUGUUCACAGGGUUGUAAUUGGGACCAAGUUUGAAUUAUUAGGGAUACCAGAGAAACACAAUGCAUUGAUUUACGAAUAUGAGCCACUGCAGAGGAAGUUUGAGACAUUGGCAGAACGUACUGGGAUGGAUAUGCGUUCCAUGUUUGUGGUUUCGAAUCAGUGGAGAGGUGAUCAGAUCGAGAUGAUAAGAUGCAUCCUGGCCCUGUAUGUUCUGGAUAAUAUGGUCAGAAACAUUGACCGAUUUGUCAAAGCGGUGCAAUGAUCGCAGAUGACCUUGUUCAGUGCUGUGAAUCCGAUCCAGUUUCAGAAGCAUGGACUCUGCUGUGGGAUUGAUGAUUUAUUUUUUUCCCUGUAGUUUUAGCAUUCUUUAUGCUUGUUUAUAUAUUUGUACAAUCACCUGUUUGUCUGUAGACUUUUAGUAACUUGUAUAAUUGUUUCAUUCCUCUGUAGUUUCUUUUCCUGUAAAGCUGAAAGGUGGAUAACUGCCCCAGAGCACUUGGCAGAAUAAAAGCAAUCCAUGUA